AUGGAGGAGGAGGGCGCGAAGAAGGCGGUGCUCUUCAGGCUGUUCGGCGUCGAGGUCCGCGGCGCCGAGGAGGAGGAUGACGCGGAGCCCAUGGAGCUCAAGAAGAGCACCAGCAUGCCCAACCUCGCCUGCGCCUCCACCGACCCGAUUCUCCUGCCCGGCGAGGCCAGCAACGACAAGGGCUACGCCUCCGACGACGGCGAGCUGGCGUCCACUCCGCAGCUCAAGCGCCGCCGCCGCAAGGCCCAGGAGCGGAAGAAAGGGAUUCCGUGGACCGAGGAGGAGCACAGGAAGUUCCUGGAGGGUCUGAAGCAGCUGGGCAAGGGGGACUGGAGAGGCAUCUCCAAGAACUUCGUCACCACCAGGACGGCCACGCAGGUGGCAAGCCACGCCCAGAAGUACUUCCUCCGGCAGACCAACCCCGGCAAGAAGAAGCGCCGGGCCAGCCUCUUCGACGUCGGCAUCCCCGCUGGUCACAGCUACGACGAUCAGCUGCCAAGUCCUCAGAGUGUUGGAACCAAGCUUGCUCCUGCUGAGAAGAUACUCCACACCGACCGCGGCGACGUGCCGCUACCAAGUUAUCCAGGAGACAUCAGGGGCAACAACAACAACAACAACAUGCAGAUGCAGGUGCAGGCUGAUGAGCUAACUGACCAUGUGAAGAAGAGAUCAAAGUUCCACAGCGGGACGUCGCUGGCCGCCAUGGCUGCCUCCGGGCUGGAGCUGGCGAUGUCUUCGUCUGCCAGCAGCAUCCUGGAGCUCAGCAUCGCGCCCCCUCGCUGCUACGGCGCGGUCGAUGCCAUCAAGGUGCUGUGA